GAAAAAUCGCUGAUUCCAAGUCUCUUUUAUACUGUUUUUUUCUGAUGAGCCCAAACCGCGACUUACCCGCAUUACAACUAGACCUAUACCUAUACUAUUUCCCUAAUCACUACGCUAUUCACCAUAUCUUUACUAUACUAUUCACUAUAUCAGCUACGUUACACUUGUAUUCACUUGUACUUACUUGUACGCUUGUACACUUGUAUUAUGCGCUGGUAUCUAUUUGGAUCCGCAUGAUUAGCUGUAAUUUUGUAUAUUUGUUGCCAAAUUUAUAAAUUUCACACCCAUUUUCUUCACCUUCCAUUAAACCCCAACUACACUUUUCAAUUACGUUAGCAUU